UUGGCCACAUUCAUGAUGGACAAGAGCGAGUCCAUCGUGACGGUGGACGAUGCCAUCCGAAAACUCAUAUUGCUCAACUCCAAAGAGAAGAUCUGGACGCAGGAGAUGCUGCUGCAAGUGAACGACAAGUCCAUCCGCUUGCUGGACUGCGAGUCCCAGGAGGAGCUGGAGGACUUCCCCCUGCCCACGGUCCAGCACUGCCAAACGGUGCUGAAUCAGAUGCGCUAUUCCUCCAUCCUCCUCCUCGUGUGUCAGGAUUCGGAGCAGCACAAACCCGACAUCCACUUCUUCAACUGCGACGAGGUGGAGGCGGAGAUGGUUCACGAGGACAUAGAAAGCGCCCUGGCAGACCACAAGCAUGGGAAGAAGAUACGGCCACAGACACUCAAAGCAAACCAAGAGAAGAUCAGACAGAGACAAUCCAUCCUCCCACCGCCGCAAGGGCCGGCUCCCAUCCCGAUCCAGCACGACAUGCGAGGCUCAGGGAUGAACAAGAACCGGGUGGCACCCCCUUCCCAGCACGAUCCAGACUAUGAGCGACGAGGCUCCAGCUCUCAUGACCACGAAGAGUCCCGGGCUGUCUUAGCACAGAAGAUUGAAAAAGAAACGCAAAUCCUGAACUGCACCCUGGAUGACAUCGAGGUGUUUGUUGCCAGGCUUCAGAAGGCCGCAGAGGCGUUCAAACAGCUCAACCAAAGGAAGAAAGGGAAGAAGAACAAGAAGAAAGGGCCAGCAGAGGGCAUGCUGACUCUUCGAGCAAGACCCCCAACCGAGGCCGAGUUUAUCGACUGCUUCCAGAAAACCAAACUGGCUUUUAACCUCUUGGCCAAGCUGAGAAAGCACAUCCAGAACCCCAGUGCUUCAGAGCUGGUGCAUUUCCUAUUUGGGCCGCUGGAACUGAUCAUCAACAGCUGCGGUGGCCCUGAGCUCGCCAGGUCUGUCGUCAGCCCACUUCUUUCUAAAGACACCACAGAUUUCCUCCGAGGACACCUCACACCAAAAGAGAUAAACCUCUGGGAGUCGCUGGGAGAGACAUGGACCAGAUCCAGAGCUGAAUGGCCCCGAGAAGCAAAUAUCCCCACCUACAUCCCCAAAUUCCGCAAUGGCUGGGAACCACCCAUGGAAAUCUUCUGUGGAGCUCCCUGGGAGAUAGACAUUGGGCACUUGCAAGAAGAGCUCUCCUCAGCCAAUGGAUACCCCUACCGUAACUCCUCGCUCAAGCGUGGCCAGGCUGGGGACCAGACACAAGCUGUGGAUGCCUUCAAACAGAACGUAACUCAGCAUGUAAAUAGGAAUUUCGAGGCACAGGGAAUGGCUCUGCCCAAGAGAUAUGCCAAAAUCCGCUACGAUUUCACCGCGCGAAAUGCCAAUGAACUCUCAGUGCUUAAGGAUGAAAUCCUGGAGGUGUUGGAGGACAAUAAGCAGUGGUGGAAGCUGCUCAACCGGAGCGGGCAGGCUGGUUACGUCCCGUAUAACAUCCUGGAUGUGGUGAAACUGGAAGAGCUCGAACAGUCUAACCAGAGGUACAAAAGCGACCCCAGGGGAUACGGACCAUCCAGCCCAACUCACAAGCUCCCUGCCAGCUACGCCGGGGAUAAAUGGGGCAGCGAGAUGUUAUCGCGUAACUCUCCCCAGGAUGCCAAAGAACAACUUAUUCAUCAAAUGGGUGAGCUGAACGAUGAGUUGCUAAAGAUGAUCACAAACAACAAAAUCCAGCCCCCCCACAGGAAUUUCAAAGUGGAAAAGCCUCAGGAAGUUUUCGUGCCCCUCACCUUCGAAUCCAGCACCGAAGAAGUCAAAGCUUGGCUGGAGGCAAAGUCAUUCAGUGAACAGACAGUGGAACACCUCGGCAUCCUCACUGGAGCUCAGCUCUUCUCCCUCAACAGAGAGGAGCUGAAGAAAGUGUGCGGCGAUGAGGGGAACAGAGUGUACAGCAAAAUCACAGUGGAGAAAAACCUACUAGAGAAAAGCAGAGGGGAGUCGGAGCUCCAAGAAAUCAUGAAGCGUCGCCAGGAGAGGAUUGAUUCCGCUAAUUAAAAUCUAUCUGCUUUAUUUCAGCUAUUAGUCAUAGUAGUACAGAAAAAGGGAAUGAAAGUGAUGAUCCCCAGUCCAGGCAAGAGACAGCAGUGCUCCACACUUGGCGGUCUAAUUGCCAUCAAAGUGACAAUUUCUUGAACACUGAUAAGGGUAGACGAUAAGACCAUGUCCCAUUGGGAAAGGUGUUUUAAUAUUGCAUGAAGUAUUUUUUUUUUGUUUUUAUAACUAUAUAUUUUAUACUGAAAUUUUAUGUGCACGCCAUCAGAGCAAGAUCAUUAGUCCCACGUGUCUGAACGUAUGACAAUGGCUGGGUUCAAGCAAAAAAGAAAAAAAAGACCCCACAAAGCUUUUCUCAAAGGGCUGUACCUGCUCCCACCCCCCAGCCAAGGGGGGCUCGGGAAGAGAGGACACAGCACAUGGCCCAGAACAAGCCAGCCUGAUGCUUAGAGAGUCUGGACCACAGAAAUAAGUCUUUUCUCCCAUUUCUCAUUUCAUUCUCUGUGGCAGAUACCCCCAGUAGCCUUGUGACUAUUCACUGUCCUUCUUCUGUCCCCCUGUGCCCCCUCGUUGGACGAGGAGGCUUGAAUUGCAACACACAUUACCUAGGGCUGGCUGCUGAACACAUGGACCAGUCAGUGCUGUCAUUGAACACUGGAAACGGGGCUUUUCUUGCGUAAUAACGAGCAGGAGCCGAGUGACAAGUGAUUUGAAGCCACAAAUAGGUGAGCUCAGGCUGAUCAUCCCCGCUUACGCAGAGGCCGGGGCUCAGGGCAGCCCUUCACCUUGGCCACUGAUCCUCUCUCGGAAAGUUGCAGGAUUAACAAAGCCCGGCCUCAAACAAGGAGAAGAUAAACCCCUGCCCGUGUGCUCCCAGCCCAGUCACACCCAAAGCCCUUCCUGGGUGUUCACCACUCACCCUCACAUUUUCCUUGCAAAGAGCAAGCUGAAAUGCUUCCUAAAUAUCUGAGAAGCACACUUGAAAAGGCUGGUUUAAUGCAAAAAAAAAAGGCCACAAGAAAAAAAAAUAAUCAUCUAGUUUAAUAGAGGCGAUUGUUCUUCCUGUUUUUUCUUAAUAACAUUAUGUGCAUAUGUAUAUAUCUAUCUAGUGAAACACCCUCUCGCUCUUACAAUCUACACACAGGGACGAGGAAAAAAAAAAAAAUCCCUUUCCCUAGAGACAUAUAAUUAAUUGAUUAUGUAUCGAUAAUUUACUGAAAGUUUUAAAAGCUCAAGCAAGCCUGUCGUGGUUUUCCUGUCCACAGCAAGUUUGGCACACGCUGGAUUUUGAUCUACAUUCUACUUGCAGACCAACUUGAUAAGAAUGCAGGAAAGCAAACACACCUACAGGGACUGCUCGCAGAGCGGGGAGACUUUGUCUUUCUCUCUUGUUCACCUCGGUCAAAUGAGAAUUCAGGCCCAAACUCCACAAAAACUUACACAUGUGCUUUCCUUUACGCGCUGCCCGGUCUCACCUCUUGGCAAGGCUAAGCACGUGCCUAAGUCUUUGCACAAUUUGGGCCUGUCCUUGCACGUUUAACAGCAAAAGCUGUGAAGCAGCAGCUGGGGAACACGUGUCACGUCUGAGAAUACUGAUGCACCUCUCAAUUUUGGCUUUGUUCUUCCAAAAAUAUUUCUAAGGGCUGAUAUAUUUUCUUAAUCUUGAAAUAGGACACUGUUAGCAGCAGCAGAACUAGGGUGCAGGCAAGGAACUUCCAGAGGAGGAUUUUGUUUUUUAGUCACAGCAGCUGGAGUCUGCAAAGGGCACUCACCUCGUCAGGGAGGGAUGAAGAGGACAAUCCUCCUGAGAAGCCCUGGCUCUGGAUUAGGGUGGGGAUGGGAAGCAGGGUGGGAACGCUGGCAAACCAUUGGUGUUAGAAGCACAGGAGGCUGAAUGAUUUCUAAAAUGCAAAUAGAAACAAGUGGUGAGCUAGGAAACACAGCACCGCUCUUGUCUUUGGGUAUAAAGGAAAACAAAUUGCACAGAGUAACAGUUACUUGGGAUGAGAGUAGAAGCCCACGUGACAGGUCUGUAAAGCCGGGAGCCACAGGAGCAUUCCGUAAAAUAAAUAUCUCAGUAGACCUUACUGCAGAAGUCACUUUUAAAAAUUUCCAUAUGACUGAGCUGUGCAUCUGUUAUAUUUGUACUGCCUGCAGAUAACGCUAUGAUGUACUGUACAUUAAUGUAAUUGAACGAAGGAUAAAAUUAUAUAACCACGCACUGUAUAAGAUUUAUUAAAAUAGUUAAGUUAUACUUAUAACU